ACAAUGUUGUGUACCAUGGGUUGUGUAUAUGCUGCUCAGACAUACUUACGUCAAGUUCAAGGUAAUAUACUUUAUGGUUGGCAGAGUGAAGAUACAAUGUUGUGUACCAUGGGUUGUGUAUAUGCUGCUCAGACAUACUUACGUCAAGUUCAAGGUAAUAUACUUUAUGGUUGGCAGAGUGAAGAUACAAUGUUGUGUACCAUGGGUUGUGUAUAUGCUGCUCAGACAUACUUACGUCAAGUUGAAGAGAUAAUUCAGAAGCCCGCAGCACCCAUGCUCAUAUUUAACAGUGUGAGUGGGUCAAGUGUGGGUCUGAGGUGGAUCUCUGUAGCACAGGUACGUGAUGUACACUACCUGGUCCAGUACCAUCAGGACAAGGCACCAGGAGACUGGGUCUACUAUAGACCAAAUGAGCCACUCAACACAACAGAGGUUCAGGUCCAGGACCUAAACCCAUACACAAAAUAUCAGUUUCGUAUUGCCUGGCUGGUUCUCCCACAUCAUGCACCCAUCAUGUCAGAAACAGGUUCCUGGAUCAGCACUCUGGCUUCAGGGCCGCCACGAUCACCACCAAGAGAGCUAAAAGCAGUUCCACUUGAUUGGUCUCGUGUGGAAGUGACGUGGGAGCCGCCUUUUUUUCCUGGUGGAGAUCUUAUCUCCUACACAUUAUAUUCCAAAGAUACUCAAGAAAAACAUGAGAUGAGGGCCAAUAUUGAUGCCAACAGUGAGAGAAGGUACAUCCUGUCUGAAUUAUCCGCAAACACAACAUACCUUCUCAACUUAACCUCCACCAACCAUCGAGGUGAAGGUCCUGCCAUAGUUGUAAAAGUUACUACUUAUCCCAGUGCUCCAGCUGUUGAUGAUGGUCAAGGCUAUUUACUUCUAACAUCAGGUCCAAGCCUCUUAAAACUAGGCCUUGAAAUAAUGGAGACCCCAACCCACUUGUAUAACUCUUCUGGACAACAUAAUAUUACAGGAAUUGCAGUACAUAUUCCUUUGAAUAUAGUAGUCUGGGUAAGAGUCUAUUCCCAAGAUAGACUUGUGCAUACAAACAGUCCACGAGUGACUGUCAUCACCCUUCCUGAACUACCACACAUCAGAUUGAAAAAUGCAACCGCACGCACACUUUUCAUUAACUGGAAGGCACCAUCAGACAGAUCUGUUUUGCGACACGCUUUUCAGUAUACAGCCUUUGGUGACAGUAUCUGGGAAAAUCUCACCAUGGAGCAAAUAACUGCUGGACAAACCUAUUUUGCCAACAUCAUUCAUCUGGCACCUGCCACCUCAUACAUAUUUAGAGUUCAGGUUAUAUACAAUAAUACUUACUACAGUUAUACAUGGCCUGAACAACCUCUCUUUAAUUUUUCCACAUUGGCUGAGAUUCCAGGUGAACCAGGACAAGUGAUGCGGCAGCAGGUGGGUGGGGUCUUGCCUGACUGUGGCUUGAGGCUCUGGUGGAGUGAGGCGAAACCAAAUGGUGCUCCAGUUAUUGCAUACACCCUGCAAGCUUCCCUCUAUAAUUCCAAUGACUUUGACAACAAUAUUACCUAUGCUACCAUAUAUAAUGGAUCGGAUAAUUAUUGGCUUAUCAAAGGAUUAGAAGCAAAAUCCAGUUACAUCUUUCGAGUCCGUGCUAUAAAUGAACUUGGAGCUGGCCCUUGGGGAGAAGUCAAUGUGAUUGACACAGUAGUUGGGUCAACCAUGCUGACACAGACUGAUCUCCCUACAAUUCUUGCAUCAACUAUACCAACAUCUCUGAUUUUUUUGGGAGUGUUUUUUACAAGUCUUAUAUAUGGUAUGAAACGAGCAGAGAGGAGGAGGAGGAAAGUUAAAGCAGCUUCUCUGAAUGAUUCUCCCACCCACCACCACCACCACCCACAAUCUCGUGAAGUAGAAUUAGCAACUCUUCGACAGUUGCCAAUAAAUAAUAACUUUGUUACAGAAAAUAAUGUUCUCUAUAACCUUCACACUUUUCCAGGAGAUGACCUGGAUCUGCCCCAUGUAUCACGGCAUUGUAUCAACCUCACCAAGUUUCUGGAUUGUGGAGCGUUUGGUGAAGUAUUUGAAGGGACAGCCUGUGGACUGCCAUGUUUACCUGAGGUCACAAAGGUGGCAGUUAAGACUCUCCGUAAAGGAGCAACAGACAAAAAAGCUGAGUUCCUGAAGGAGGCUCAGUUGAUGAGUCACUUCCAGCAUGAACAUAUCUUGCGUCUUCUGGCUGUAUGUACAGACCAUGAUCCUUUCUUCCUUAUCCUUGAACUGAUGGAAGGUGGCGAUCUUCUGUCCUAUCUUCGUACAAGUCGUGGAGUUGAGUGUAGCUUGACAUUAGCAGACUUGGUGGCCAUGUGUCUGGAUGUGGCUAAAGGCUGUGUGUAUUUGGAAGAAAUGCACUAUAUCCACCGUGACUUGGCUGCAAGGAAUUGUCUUGUCUCAACAACUGACCCUGAAUCUCGUAUAGUGAAAAUUGGUGAUUUUGGGCUAGCCAGAGAUAUAUACAAAAAUGAUUACUAUAGAAAAGAGGGAGAGGGGCUGUUACCAUUGAGGUGGCUGUCUCCAGAAUCUCUGGUUGAUGGAGUGUUCACAAGUCACUCUGAUGUUUGGGCAUUUGGAGUGCUGUUGUGGGAGAUGUUGACUCUUGGACAGCAGCCAUACCCUGCACGCACCAACCUUGAAGUGCUACAUUAUGUCAGGGGCGGAGGUCGCCUUAAUCGUCCUCCCAAUUGCCCAGAGGAACUCCAUAAACUGAUGGAGCGAUGUUGGAGCUACAGUCCAGAGAACCGACCAACUUUUAAAGAAUGUCUUAGAGCACUAUUGAUGUUGGAGGAAACUAUCUCAGCUUUGCCAGCCCUUGCAGUUCACAAUGUUCACUAUAUUGGUUCAAAUGGUAAGUAGACCAUUCAUAUCUUCCAUGCUUUGUGAUUUAUAAAUUAAUCUGUUUCUGAUGAAUUUGCUGCAGAUCUUAUUUUAAUUGAGAGAACUGUAAAAUGUCUUAGAUGGUUGAACUGAUUA